AUGGUCGAGGCCGACCGUCCGGGGAAGCUCUUCAUCGGGGGUCUCAACCUCGAAACCGACGAGAAGGCCCUCGAGGCCGCCUUCGGCAAGUAUGGCCGCAUCAUCGAGGUGCUCCUGAUGAAGGACCGGGAAACCUCCAAGUCCAGAGGCUUCGCGUUCGUCACCUUCGAGAACCCCGCGGACGCCAAGGCCGCCGCCCGCGACAUGAACGGCAAGUCCCUGGAUGGUAAGGCCAUCAAGGUGGCCCAGCGGGCCACGGGCUCGCGGGGCCGCGACGGCUACGGGGGCCCCCCGCGCCGGGAGCCGCCGCCGCGCCGCGAUCCCUACCUGGGCCCGCGCGACGAGGGCUACUCGCCCCGCGAGAGCUACUCCAGCCGCGACUACCCGAGCGCCCGGGACCCGCGCGACUUCGCGCCCUCGCCGCGCGACUACGCCUACCGCGACUACGGCCACUCGAGCGCGCGCGACGAGUGCCCGUCCAGGGGCUACUGCGAGCGCGACGGCUACGGGGGCCGCGAGCGCGACUACGCCGAGCACCCCAGCGGAGGCUCCUACCGAGACCCCUUCGACGGCUACGGGGACCUGCGCGGCGCCGGCCCCGCGCGAGGCCCGCCGCCCUCCUACGGCGGGGGCCGCUACGAGGAGUACCGCGGCUGCUCGCCCGACGGCUACGGCGGCCGCGACAGCUACCGCAGCGAGCGCUACUCGAGCGGCCGCGAGCGCGUGGGCAGGCCGGAGCGCGGGCUGCCGCCGUCGGUGGAGCGGAGCUGCCCGACCCCGCGCGACUCCUACAGCCGCUCGGGCCGCCGGGCGCCCCCGAGGGGAGGAGGCCGAGUGGGAAGCCGCCUGGAGCGAGGGGGAGGCCGGAGCAGGUACUGA